CCGUCAAGACAAGCUGGAGGGAUUUUUUACCCUCUUUAUGCUUCCCGUUCGGGCUGCACACACACCUUGGAUGACUGUCCCGUGAAGACGUUGCGUCUGACUCGUUCCCCAGGAUCCUUCUGAAUCACCGGAACAGCCUGUCCGCUCCAGAUUCUGGAAUAGCUCUGCACUUCCGAUCCAUAUCCAUAUCAUUGUACCCAGUGAUUGCCCGCAGCCGCAGCCAUGUCCGCGCCCCAGGCUCAGCAGUCCCAUGUUCACCCUCGUCGCCGUCCAUUAAAGACCGCUGUACCCUCCCUCCCGUCCUCUUCAGACCGUCAGGACUCUGCAUCGCCAUGCCCUAGUAUGCGUCUGAGGAAGGCAGAGACUUUCCACUCACCUACGUCGCCGUCUGAGGACCGUGACCCCGUUCUCAGCAUCCCGUCGUUGCCUCGACGGUCCCCUACAUGCCUGCGGUCGCUCGAGGCCAUCGCCGCCGGUGAACAGCGUAUGGCUGGUAUCUUGGACCGCUUCAAUUUGGACUCCCUCUCCGCAUCCACCAAGACCCACGACGACGACCUUCCUGUCCCGAGAGGUAUUCUACAGGCUCACGUUGGGCGGACUGACGCAAUGGACACGCUCCCGGUCCGCACGCACGGUCUGCUCUCGCCGCCAAUGGACCAGCCGGAAAAGGCCCCCAGACACCGCCAGCAACUGUCCGACAGCGGCUUGGGUUCUUCCAUCAGCAGCAGCGCGGCACUCUACCCAUCUGGCCGUAGCGGGCAAGUCAAAGCAGGUCACAUGUCUGUAGAAGGUUGGAAGCGUGGCUCUACCGAAAGCUUUAAAAUGCAGCAGUCUGCCAUUACCAGUUCCAUCUCCUCUGAUAUCACAGCUCCCGAACGCUCCCAGUUGAGCUUGUCUGCAUGCAAGCGGAUUGAACGUUAUGUCCUUAUCCCGAUUCUGAAAGAAGACAAGUUGAAACCAUUCCACGACCUCGUCAAGAGUGUUCCCCAGCGGAUCGCCAAUAAAGAGAUUGCCUGUCUCCGUGACCUCGAAAAGACCCUUCUGUGGUUAGCACCGGUAAGUGAAUCUCGGAAUAGGGGCGUCUGGGGCACUGCUUAUUUUUCGCGCUUGAAGCAAUUCUCUCGUUUUUCCAAGGCGUCAUAUCUCGGUUUCUGCGAGUUUUCGAUCCAGUGCAUUCAUACGGCAGUCGGGCAUCUUAACGAUCGCGAGCAACGACUACCAACCGACCGACCUUACACUAACGGCUACUUUCUCGACCUCGUUGCACAGAUUAGACAGUACGCAGCUAUGAUGGCGGCUUCUAGAGAGAGGGCCCGCGCCCGCCGGGCUUCGGCGCAACCCUCGGAGGAGGUGAAUGAUGACCACGCCGGCGAACGCCUCACUCUCGAGGGUGGUCUGUCUCAAAACGGACGGCCAGCUGAGCUGGUCUGCCAUAAGGAUGGCAAGGCUGUGUCUCUCCGUACAGGAAAACCCUAUGAAGAAAAUUCCGUUCCUACGUUUAAGCGGUCUCUGAGCACCGAGACUCUUGACGAUGGGGUAGUCCGUUCCAUGGCCCGCCGCAAGAAGAAUGCACCUCCCAUGGAUAUCAACCAAAAGUGCAAAGACUGUGACAAGGUCUUCAAGAGACCAUGUGAUCUCACGAAACACGAAAAGACGCAUAGUCGUCCGUGGAAGUGUUCCGAGCCUUCGUGCAAGUACUUCGAACUCGGAUGGCCCACCGAGAAGGAGAGAGAUCGCCAUGUUAAUGACAAACACUCUACCACUCCAGCUCUGUACAAGUGCAGCUUCUCACCAUGCACAUACCAGUCUAAGCGCGAGAGCAACUGCAAACAGCACAUGGAGAAAGCGCAUGGAUGGGUUUAUGUCCGCUCGAAAAACAACGGGAAGACCGGGAAGAAGGGAUCAACUCCCUCGUCCAUCCCGCAGACGCCUAGCGUCCCACAGACGCCUAGUAUGGCUACACCAAUCUCCAAUCUCACUGACCACCUGCCCACACCCAUGACUGGUCCCGCGCCCUCUCCGUUUGAACCAGUAAUGAGUUACCCCAUCGACCCUCCGUUCUCCUUCGCGGAUCCGCCUUCUGCCUCGAAUGAAGACUUCCAGCUUUUCCCGGAUAACAGCCCGUAUGAGGAUCCGACUGGCGCUGGUCUUGAUGACUUCGGUCCUUUCACUUCGUCAGACUUCGAAGCUUUCCGCGCUCAACUGGAGGCUGCACCUCGCAAUGAGCUUCUCCAGCCCACGGAUAUCCACCGGCCAUCGUUUGACUCUACUGGCACGGCCACCGACUCGAUGGGCGCGCCUGGGAUCUUCGAUGAUUCUCCUCUGACGUCCACCGAUAGCAGCAUUAACUUUGACAUCGACUGGAGCAACAUUUCAUCGGGUAACAUGGACGGGGAUUUCACUGCUAUGAACAUGCAGCUGCUGACACCCGACGGCUCUGUCGAGGCGCACGGCAUGAAUUCGUUUUCUCGAAACCCUUCCAUCUGUAAUGCUUCCCCUCUUAUGCCUCAAGAGUGCAAGAUCUCCUCCCUGUCUCCCGGUGGCCAAGGCAAUCUGAUGCUCUAUUCCCCGUACUCUAGCAACGUCGAUGCGGCUUUCACGGAUCUUUAUAACUGUGGCUGGAGCGAAAAGCCCAUGAAUGAUUUUACUCUCUACGAGAACGGUGCCAAUGCAGGUGGUAAUUUUGCAGGAGGAGCAGCCAGGCCCUAUGAUCUGCACACUGCACAUGAAUCGAACCAGAUGUUCCCUCCACUGAACACAGCCAACAAUGAGCGGCUUGGAGACCAUUCCUGGGCGGGACAAUGCUUCGCAACUUCUAAUUUCAACAACGGUAUGAUGGAUCUGGACGACUAUUUGGGUUAGCGAGUCUCCAGCUUACAUACAUUAACUGUCUAUUCUUAUGGCCACCCUUAUUCUUCUUUUCUUUUCUUCUCUUCUCUUUUCUUUUUAGCGCGGGCGGCGUCCCGACACUUCUUGUCUGUUUUCUAUAGCUUACUAUUACUUAUUUCUGCAUGAUGAAUGAGAUCUGAGCGCGGUUUACAUGUCGCGCUACCCCCCUUCUGCUAUGAAUUCAUUUUGAUGGGGCAACUCUGUGGUUUUGAUUGCGCUGUGUCGUUCAGUGUUGGGUUCCUUGAUGGUUUGCUUGAGCCGACCUCUCAGCUCAUGUAAUGUGGAGAAAAGAGAAUGAAUACUCUAGCUCGUAUGAAUCAGUCUGGACAGAGAGAGAUAGCAAUUGAUAUUCCAUAGCAAGGUUUCUCUUCCAUGUACGGAGUACUGUAGCGUAGGUUCAGUCAGCCAUUGUGGAUUGCUAACUCAGGUC